AUGAGUAAAAAAAAUACUAAGCGUAAAUAAAACAACAAGACAGAGAAGGAUGACGAUUACAGUGACAUCUUUGAGGAAUAAUUACCUAUUACAAAAAAAAAAUCAAAAGAAGAACAGUAAACAAACCAAAUACUCUUUGAAUCGAUCCGUAAUCCAGAAUAAGCAAAUCUCAUUCGUUGUCCAAUAGAAUCCAUCAAUAUUGAAUAGGUGCAUCAUACCCACCAAUUUUUUAGAUUCUCUAAGACAUUUUGUAUGAGUCUUCAAAAGAGUCCCAAUACUCUAAAACACUUAAGCAAAUUCUUCUGAUGGGAUAGAGAGAAUUGAGAGACAAACAAAAUAUUACUAAUUUAAAUGGUAAUCAUUAGGACACUCAAAUAUUAAUCGUUAAGAAUAUCAAAGAUAAGAACAAAUGUUAAAAGAAUAAUAAUCUAAGGACAUUACUGAAAUUUAAAAUAAUGUUAUUGCUGAAUUAGGAAGAAAGCGAGUAAAAGGAUUUCAAUAAAGAGAAGACAUUCUAGAUGAAUUUAGAAUUAAUUUUAUGA